GUCACCAGGUCCAGGUGAGGCCCAGGUGGGGACCACAAUCACUGGGUACAGAUGAGGCCCAGGUGGGGACCAGAGUCACCAGGUCAGGUCAGGCCCAGGUGGGGAUCGUCACUGAUAGAUAGAAGCAGGUGAGGCUGUCAGGCUGCACCCACCAGGCAGACAGGCCCUUCCUCUGGUGCCCGGCCAAUCUCAGAGGGUCGGCGCUCCCUCAGGAUUCAGGGGAGGGAGGAGCCCUUCUGCUCCCUCCUGUCCCCAUUUCCCUGCUCUGAUGGGUCCCCACCACGGAGCCCUCUCUGUUGCAGGCACACCAAGCAGGGUCUCCUCAGGACCUGUUACUGUGGAAGGUCACCAACCACCAGGGCUUUCUGCAGGACAAGGAGCUGCCCGGCUCCAGCCCCCAAGAGGCCAAGAAACUCCACCAGGAGACCCGGCGCGUGGACAAAUGUAUAAAAAUGCUCAAGCGAUGGGACCACUACCUCCCCAGCGAGAAGCUGCGGCGCACCGCGCCGGGUCUACAAGGGGGUCCGCCCCAGGUGCGGGGACAGGUGUGGCUGCGAUUGCUGAACGUCGACCAGGUUAAGGCCGGGAAUGCCGGGAAAUACCAGGAAAUGAAGGAGGCGGCCCUGGUCUCCUCCCGGGACAUCAUGCAGAUCGACCUGGACGUCAACCGCACAUUCCGCAGUCACACCAUGUUCUGGGACCGCUACGGGGUCAGGCAGCGAGCCCUGUUCCAGGUGCUGUCUGCCUACUCCGUGUAUGACACCGAGGUGGGCUACUGCCAGGGCACGAGCGAGAUCGCGGCCAUCCUCAUGUUCCUGCCCGAGGAGGACGCCUUCUGGGCGCUGGCCCAGCUGAUGACCGACAGGCACGCCAUGCACGGACGAGGAGCAGAUGUGCACAGGAAUCUACACCCCCAAGUGGUUUCUCCAAUGCUUCCUCAGCCGGACCCCCUUCCACUCACUCUGAAGCUGUGGGAUGCCUACGUACUCGAUGGGGAGAGGGUGCUCACGGCCAUGGCCUACACCAUCCUCAAGGUGCACAGGAAGCGCCUCCUGAAGCUGCCCCUGGAAGGGCUCCGGGAGUUCCUCCAGGACUCUCUGGCCCAGCCCUGGGCCCUGGAGGACGAGGCGGUGCUCAGACACCUUCUGGCCUCCAUGACCCAGCUCCGGAGGAUGCGGUGCGACCUGCACCCCCCCCCAGCGGGACCUGAGGAGUUCCCCACGUGGCCCCUGGGCCUGGAGCGAGUGUCCCUGGCACCCGGGCCUCUCCUCCCUUCUGCGGCCUCUGAGCUACCACCCAGGGUGGAGGAGCAGGCCUCCCCAGGCCCAGCCACCCAACCUGAGCCGCCCGGACCCCCUCCCAGCCAGGCCAUCGUCCAACUUCUCCCCCAGCGAUGGAACUCCCUCCCCAUCCUCCCAGUGCAACAAGAUGGUGCAGGCAGGCGGCCCCCGGACAUGGUGGGCUUGAAGACAAAAAACGGGGUCCCCUUCCCUUCAGCACCUGCCUGGGCCACCCCAGAGGCCCCGUGACAGACCAGGCCCUGGAGCCCCCCCUGGGACUCCUAUCACGGGGUCCCCCCAGCCCCCGAGGGACGACGCUGUCGGGCCCAGGACACCCUUCCUGCCCCGUGGCCACUGCAGCUCGUGCCCCUCGCUGGGCAGUGACGGGCACAGCCAGGGCAGAGCCAGGGUGGCGCUGAGCCCGCUGCCCCGAGGCCCCGCACAGGCCCGAGACCCUCGGCCCUCCGCGUCCAUGGGGCAGCUCGAU